CAAACAAAAGGAAAGCAUACAGGAAUCAGCCAGAAUUACAUUAGUGGCCAUCAGUGGCGCCGGCAGGAUUCUAUUUCUUACUACGCAGAAGAAUCGCCUGAAGUGUAGCAGAAAUGGAUGAUGGACCAGAUGAGGUCUUUACUGAGCUCAAGACCAGGGAUAUUGGAGGAUGGGGUGUUGCUCAGAUAGCUGCUGGCAGCGGGCUUGCUGUAUAUGCUAUGUGGGUGUGAAUCCUCCAAUCAGGCUACCAAAAAGUCCCCUUGAGGCUUCAGCUCUCAUACAUUGCUGCCAGUAAAGCUCAAGUAGAUCAUGUAAUGACAUUGCUUAGAGGUCAAAAGGGAGGCCUUGUAGAUUUUGGAUCUGGUGAUGGUCGCAUUGUCUUGGAAGCCCAUCGGCUGGGUUUCACUCCCGCAGGUGGUUAUGAGGUCAACCCUUGGCUUGUUCUCUUGUCCCGCUUUCAUGCGUGGAGAGCAGGUCAUCGUGAAAAAGUGUCGUACCGACGUGAAAAUCUCUGGAAGGUCAACUCGACAGAAUGCAAGAAUGUAGUGUUUUUGUCUCCAAGCGUGCUUUCAUUAUUGCAGCAGAAGUUGGAGGCUGAGCUUCCUGACGAUGCCUUAAUGGUAGCUGGUCGUUUUCCCUUCCCUGACUGGACACCCUGCAGGAUUGAGGGACAUGGUGUGGACAGAGCCUGGGCAUAUAGCUUGCAGGCCCAAAGACAGAACACUUUCAAGAAAAAUUACAUACAGCUCACAGAUAUCGACCUCAACAAGGAUAACUGA